UUUUUACUCGUUCAAAUAAAGUUUUUUUUUUUUUUUUUUUUUUUUUUUUUUUUUUUUUUUUUUUUUUAAUCUUGUGACAGCUUUGUUUACGUGGUGACGUGUCCCGGAAGGGACGCUAACUAGCCUGCCUACCUUUACCAGCAAUCGCGCUAGCUAUGAGAAACAAGCGUUACCAUCUUUUUUAUUAAUUUCUGUCAGUUUGUUAAGCCUACCUGGACCGUGUUAUAUUUACGUUAGCCACAUUCUGUCAAACAAAUGCAGUGCUAGCGUACGUUUAGCUUAGCAAGUUUUAGCUGUCACAGCCGUGUGGACACCAUCAACAUCAGGGUCAUCCUUCUGCGGACAGGUCUUCCAUGAGUUUGCUAUUUGGCCACUGAUACAAUGGCCAGUCCAAAUGAUCUACAAUUCCAAGAGUUUGAGGAAGCGGCAGAGCUGUUGGCUGCAGACCCAGAGGCCUCCACUCUCUGUGUGUCCGUCUCGGACACCCCUACUACAGCAGGAGGAGGAAGAGGAGAGGAUGUUAAAUUAGAUUUAUCAGAGGAUGAGGAGGGUCAGGAGGAGAGUUCAGAGCUGUUAGGAGGACAGAAACCAACCGGUGGAUUCUGGACUUUUGAGUACUACGAGUCUUUCUUCAAUGUGGACACUGUGCAGGUACUGGACAGAGUUAAGGGAUCAGUGUUGCCGUUACCUGGAAGAAACUUUAUCAAACACUACCUUAGAUCUAAUCCAGAUCUAUAUGGUCCAUUCUGGAUCUGUGUGACACUGGUGUUCUCAGUUGCAAUAAGUGGCAACCUGUCCACCUUCCUCGGUGAGAUGGGAAACCCUUCAUAUCACUACAGACCACAGUUCCACAGAGUAACGAUAGCUGCAGUAGUGAUCUUCAUGUAUGCCUGGCUGGUGCCAAUUGGUUUAUGGGGUUUCCUGACCUGGCGGCAAGGGACUGAGAGGCAGAUUGGAGGCUAUUCCUUCCUGGAGACUGUGUGUGUCUAUGGCUACUCCCUCUUCAUCUAUAUUCCCACCUCAGUUUUGUGGAUCAUCCCAUUUGAGUGGUUGCGCUGGACACUGAUCUUGGUUGCUAUGGUGAUCUCUGGCUCAGUCCUGGUCCUCACCUUCUGGCCUGUUGUUCGUGAUGACACCAAGGUGAUGGCUGUGGCCACAGUUGUGACCAUUGUGGUUUUACACACCCUGCUGGCCGUAGGCUGUAAGCUGUACUUCUUCCAGACAGCAGUCCAUGUACCAACACCAGACCCUACAACCCCCUCGACUCACAUAACCCUGGCCACAAAACUCUCUUGACCAAGGGAAGGAAGGAGUGUUGGCAGAGGGAGAGGAAAUGAAGGCUGUUAUGUUUUGAAUUACAGGCAUAUGAAAUCAUGUAUAGACAGGCUGGUUAAGGCAGUUGAUUAUUGCCAUUGUGCAAUUUGUUGUAUGCCCUCUUUGUGUAAGGAUGUGUGUGUGUGGUUUGUCUAAUUUAUCCUGAGGGUGGUUCUACUGUAACUGAAGUAGCACUUGUUCACUGCAAUAACAUUUCUACUGUGGUAUUUCAGGAGGUGCUACAUGUAAAUUGCGACUGAAACACAUGCUAAAAAAAAAUAGAAAAUGAACAAUGACUCAUCAAAAAGAGGAGAUAAACCAUAAGAUUACUAAAGCACCACCACAAAUCCACAUUGUGACCAAUCGUCAGUCCACUGACACAUUACAUGGACAGCAAUGGAAUUCUUUAACUUACAGAAAUACACUGUACAUUGUACAUAAAUUCAUUGUUGGUUUUCCACAGGAGAUGCUGACCAAAAAAAGUGAUGACAGAUCAUGUUGUUUGCAAAAUUGUACGCCUCUCAAAAUCUUGAAACUGAAAUGCUCAUGUGAUUGUGUGGGAUGUUUGUACUUGUGACUAAAGCUGUCCAGAGCUGUGGGCAGCAAAACUAUA